AUUAUUGGAUUCAUAUAUAAAACUCGUUUUCGCGUCACUGAAAAAUCAAAACAUGGAACUUUUUAACGAUUGUAUUGCAGUUGGAAUAGAUUUAAUUCUACUGGGGUUUUGUGUUCGCGAGUAUGUGCAUUGCAAACGAGCUUCCCACAUGUUAAGGUCGGCACCACAAUAUAAAAUCGAUGAAAAGUUGAAAACCCUAGUAGAACGGCAGCCUGGCAAGAAGAUUCCUUAUGCUGUGAUUCGGGGAACAGUAAUCUCCAUUGGAGAUCCCCUCCAGAGUUCGCCCAGUGUAAGUGGUGUCCUCCAGAUUGUAAAGCUUCAUGAGCACAGGAUAAUCCGGGGAAUCACUGGCUUAUGGAAAGAUCAUCACCAGUUACUCCAUGAGUCCACCAACGAAAUGCCUUUUGAGUUGCGCAACCAAGAGCAUAGCGUACAGAUUGUAGAUACUUUGAGGGCAUCUUUUUUGGACGUGGAUACGGUCUAUGAUAACUUUGAACCUUCCUCCCUUUCGGUUUUGGACUAUAUAUAUGGUUUCUUCUCCGGGGCUCGCCAAAAGGGAUUUCAAACCACCGAGGUGGUCUUAGGGAAAGGAAGCUUUCUCACCGCCAUUGGAGAAUUGGAAAUGGAUGGUGAUACUCUGCUCAUGAAGCCAUCACAACAAGGACCUAUUCUCCUAACCACCGCCACCAAAUCCACACUCAUCAAGAGAUUGGAAGAUGCCAAUAGGUCCAUUAUACUUAAGCUGCUUGUGUGCAGUACAAUUUCUGUUAUCCUCAUAGCUUUUGUUUCAAGGAAGAUUUACAGGAUGAUAAAAAUUAAAGCAGAGGAGGUCACAAUUAGCAAUCGACUGAGAACCGAGCGAAGGAGGAAUCUUCCAGAUAACUUAUCCAAGGAUCAGAUCUGCGUGGUGUGUUCUACCAACCCCAAAGAGAUAAUUUUACUUCCAUGUGGUCAUGUAUGUCUCUGCGAGGACUGCGCCCAAAAAAUCUCAAAGUCCUGUCCUGUGUGUCGUGGUAAAAUCGCCUCUAAGGCAGCCGCCUUUAUCACCUAGAACCCAUCAAAAUGACGAAUUUUCCUUUAUAUGAUCCCAUUCAAUUUAUUAAAAUGACCAUCG